UUAUGCAGUUUGUGAAAGUUUUCUAUGGAUUUUUGAUCUUGGAGGAAAGUUGCUGCCCAGUUCGAAGUCUCUCUUGUGACCUGCCCUUUUCCCUUUCCUUGAACUGCUUUCUAAUUUCCGUCGCCCUUUUGUUGGUCAUGUAUUGAUGUUGGUUGAGAGUCGUAGGAAGUACUUAAUUGUGACGAAGCGUGACAAUUCAAAUGAACAGCGAGGCCAAUGCUCGGCGCAUUGCCAUGGUGGAAAAUUGUUUUGGGGCAUCUGGACAACCGCUUAAUGUCCCAGGACGUGUUCUUGUUGGGGAAGGUGUCUUGACAAAAAUGUGUCGGAAAAAACCCAAACCUCGUCAAUUCUUCUUGUUCAACGACAUUUUGGUGUACGGCAAUAUUGUGCUUAAUAAAAAGAAGUACAAUAAGCAACACAUAAUACCACUGGAAGAAGUGCAACUCUCAUCAUUAGAGGAUGAUGGGCAAUUCAGAAAUGGUUGGCUGAUAAAGACCCCAACAAAAUCCUUUGCUGUCUAUGCGGCAACAGCAACGGAGAAAGCGGAAUGGAUGGCACACAUAAAUAAAUGUGUUACAGACUUACUUCGUAAAAGUGGUAAAAAAGCAGCAGAGACUCAUGCCGCUGUAUGGGUGCCUGAUAGCGAGACACAAGUUUGCAUGCACUGUAAAAAGUCACAGUUUACUCUGAUCAAUAGACGGCAUCAUUGUCGCAAGUGUGGUAGGGUUGUGUGUGGGCCUUGCUCAAGUAAAAAGGUUAUUCUGUCCCAUCAGAGUAACAAACCUUUGCGUGUGUGCCUCACAUGUCAUGAUGAACUAUCAUCGGCUCAAUCUAGCACUGGUGGAAUCACACCCAAUAUCACAAUGGCUGGAAGGAUGGUGGACAUCUAUGCUCUGAGUGAUGACGAGGCUUUCAGCAAUAUUUAUGGUGAGGAUGCCGACAAUGUUGUUGAGGUUCUGGGUCCUAUGCCACCCCCUCGACAUGCCCGUAAGGUUAAAAAUAAGGAAUCGAGCAGUAACAAUAAGGAGCCUCUAAAUGUAGAUCUUGAUGACGGUGGCUUAUUUGGUGAGCCGUCCAAUGACCCGGAGGAUGAAGCACCUCCUCCAACACUUUGGUGGGAUGAUAUUGAUCUGAAGGAGCCAGUGUCUGAUGGUGACGAGGAAGAAGAUAUGAAGGAACGCAAUGACUCUUCUGGAGAUGAUGAUUCUGAAGAUGAUAUGGAUGAGCCAAUGUCACCACAGUCUCCCACAGAGACGAUGACAUUCUACGAAGGAGGAGAGGCUAGCAAUGGAGAAGCUCCGUCCAUGCUAGAUGCUUCUGCCUCUUCCACAGUAGAGAAUUCAUCCGUCCCCGACUCUCCAGCAGAUGUGUCCACAAACUCAACUGCCCCUGAACCAUAGUGAAGAUGUAAUUGUUGGUAAGAAAGAAUAGGAAUAAAUUAUGAAAACAAAAGAACUAUUUUUAGAAGUUGGUACACCAUAACAUUUUUGGAUUUUUGAUAUUUCUGUAACAAUUAAAGAUUUUAUAAAAGUAUUAACCUAUAAAUUCCUUUUGUGGCAUUGUGCCAGUAAUGCAUAAAAUAAGAGAGCCUCAUAUUUUGAGACACCGAAGUUUCGCUGUGAAUGACCCCAAAAAAUUGUAUUGAAAAAGAUCUACUGUAUAUAUGUGUUAUUAAAUGUGAAAUGCUAAACAGAGGCAACAUUUGUGAUAGAGAUUUCAAGGUAACAGUGAUAUAUACAUAAAUAUAUAUAUAUUUGUAUGUGUAACAAAGUGUUAUCAGUUAUAAAAGUUCUUUUUAUGAUAUUUUAAAGUGUUAAGUGAUUUUAUCAUGUUGCUUGAAGCUUUUAAAUAGUGAAGUUUAUCAUUUUAUAUAUCUGAGAAAAACAAUUAAGCUGAUUAUACAACAGUUAUUGUUUUUUACUUUUAAUUUGACUUCAGUAUAUGGAGAAACAUAAGUUGGCAAGCAUGUAAGUUUUUAACCAUGCUGUAUCUCAUGAUUUUCUGUAUUUUGGGGUUGUAUUAUUUGCAUUGAUGAAUUAAUGCCCUGUUUUAUAAGUGAAUCAUGUGCCUUAGCAAUUAAAUAAAUUUUAUAUCAAGAUGUAGAUAUUUCACAUGAAGGACAUUAUGGAAGUAAUGAAAAUGAGAUAAUUUCUUUAACUGCUGAAAUGCUUUGCAUUGAUGGAUAAAGUUUUGUCUUUAUUUUGUAGGUCUAGUCGGUUAUGUUCUUUUCCACCUUAUUCUCGUCUUGAGUGUUGACUCAGAAAAAUGCUGCUUUAUCCCAUUAUUAGGUUUGAAGCUCGCUUUCAGCAGUAUUAUGCUAUGUAUAACUUACUCUAUGCAGUCUAUGCAAUAUUUUGUGAUUUGCUCAUGAACUACAUUUUGGGAUGACAACUUGCAGCUAUGAAACUACUGUAUGUACAUGCUGAGGAAUGAUUUUCAUCACUACUAUUUUGUCUUGCAUGGUCAUAAUGUUAACUCAUUUUCCAAGGUAUACAUGUUCCUUAAUGUGAAAUUUUUGUGAUUAAAUAUCAUUCUGCACUUUCCGUCACCACAAGGUUGUACCAACUGAUACUGUAACUGGGACUUGCAUAAUAUAUUUUUAACAUAUUUAUGGAGGAGUUUGCAACCAGUUAGCAUGAAUUUUAAUAACCCCUGGUGUGUUAGUGCUUCAUGUCCAAUCUGCAAGAUCUUAUUUGCUCUUAUGUAAAUUGUAGUGUAGUGCUGCUUUACUGGUUUGCACUAUUCAUUCAUUUUCAGCAAAUGGGCAACAGAAGCAACACUGUGUAAAGAGGUUGAGGUUUUUUGUAUUGUGUUAUUAUCUUGUUUUUCUGUAAGAUGGAUUGUAUGAAGUUGUAUCAUGUUAUUCUGGUUAAAACUUGGGAGCCACCAAUUUAAUAUAAUUUUUGCUAAAAGCAUCAUUUGCUGCAAUAUGAAUGAGUGAGGAGUUCUAGUAGCAUGCUCAGGAAUUACAUUACCACCAUUGACUGUAAGGUGAUAGGCUGAUUAUCAGGUAACCAUGAAGACACUUGAGAAUGCUCCCAGUUUAGCACCUUCCGAGAGUUAGUCUUUUUAUUUUUCUGUAAACUUUUGGUCUUAAUUUGAAAUUUGUUUUAGAAAAUAUAUAUCCUAUAACCAUUAUAGCCUGUUUAUAUUCAUAACUGCAUAAUUCAUAUUCAUGCAUCAGUAUUUCAUAUUCACUUGUAGAAUAACAUAAGAAAUAAGUAUGAAGAUAAAAUCUUGAUAGUGUAGGUCAUAGAUUUUGUGUAUGGUAGUUAAUUUUAGAAGCCUGAAAACUAAUAUGCAACUCUACGAAGACUGACUUUAUUAAAUGCCUCUGGGUAGACCAAGACGUUUCAGUGUUAUUGUAGUUUUAUUUUAAGAGUUGUCAUAUUGCCAUCCUUGAAAAAUGUGUAAUAGGAACCAAAUUAUAUUCUAUUCUUUUUCUGCUAGCUCAGUGAUUUUAGUGGAAAUAUUUUUUGUAUUUUUGAUGAAGUGUAAUUUUACAGAUAUUUUGUAUCAGGUGUGCUAUACUGUUUAAAACUACUUGUAUUUCCCAGAAUGAAUUUCUGCAAAUAGGGAGAAAAAGUAAAUUGCACUGCAUAUUUUGCUCCCAGAAAAUAAGUGCCUAUUAAUUACUAAUAUACUGCUUUUGCUGCAGAUUUAAUCUUUUGCAAGUUGUGCCUCGAAUUUCAUAAAUAUUUACAGAAGUGUCAGUCUUUGGUUUUUAUAAAUUGUAUAGUCAUGUAAAAUGUUAGGCUUGUUUUCAGGUCUUCAUGUUCUUAUCAAAGUUUAUUUAGUUUUAAGACAUUCCACAUGUAGGAUUCCUCAUAAGUUUGAAUUAUUAACAGGUUAGCAAGGGAAUUAUGAUUUCAUGGAGAGAAUGAUGAUCAUAACACACCUAAUUUAAUGAUUCGUCAGACAUUAUUGGUCUAUGAUAUAUCCAGUCUUGUUGUAUCGGAUGUGUUAAUACUUGCCAGGUUACUUCUGCAGUAGUUUUGUAUUUUUUAAGGUUGUGAUUUUGUUAUGUAUUUCAAAAGUUAAAUUAGUUUCUUGUAAACAGUCCUAAAGGUGUGCACACUCAUGUUCUGUUCAUCAUUAAUUACUUUUAUAAUUAGAAAUGGAAAAAAAAAAAUUUACUUUGGUUUGUCACAGCAUCACAGCAGACUUCCUGUUAAUUUUACAUUUACAUUGUACUUUGCUGUGUUGAUGUUACUAUUUGCAUCCACCCAAUCUAUUCUUAUAGAGCAAGACUUGAACAUUAUAAACCUCAACUGUUACACAGACCCAGGCUGUUUUUUUCUUUUCUUUUAGCUUAAGCCAUUUCAUCCUCUUGCUUCUAUUGCAAAGGUCUUUAUUUAUUCUUCCAACUAGUGUAUGUCAAGUUAUGUAAUAUUAGCAGAAUUAAUUUACUAGUGCAAAGUUUGUGUAUAUACUUCUGUAUAAUAUCCAAUGGUUUGUUGCAUUGUGGCCUUGUAUUAAUAAGUUAGGCACAUAGUACUGCUUAUUACAUAAUCAGAAGCAGGCUUUACUACCAUUAUGUUCCUUUUUAGAAACACAAAUUGAAGAACCUUUUGUGAACUGCUUAUGAUACUGAUGUAUAAUGGAUUGUCUUCCAGAACAAAAAGAAAAAAUCCUGCUCAUUAUUAUAUGCUUAAACAAU